UGAACUUUGAACAGUGUGCCUAUGAUGACAUGACUGAUAAACACUCAUUACUGUGGGAUGGAGGGGAAAGAUAAACCUCGGGCCAUGUAGACUUCAUUUCGACAGUAGCCUCGAGGAAGCCUGCUACUGCUCUUCUUCUUCCUCUUCUUCUUUUGUUUAAUUAUAUUGCAAAGCUUGGAUUAACAUCUCUCAAGACCAUGACUAUCGGCAAGAGCUCCAAAAAGAACAAGGCCCCUCGUUCUCCUCCUUUCCUGGACAAGGCUAAUGGAUUCUAUGGGCGCUUGGAUGACACGUUUGGAGACGAUGUACAGUUGGAGGGAGAAACCACAGAAGAGCAGAUUGCAGCCUUGAACCGGACCAGCCAAGACAAUGGGACAGUUCCAGGUUGGAUAGAAGAGGAUGACCAUGUGGUUGAUUUUAACCAGGGUAUGAUGGAUGAUGAUGGGACCACUUUACUGAAGAGAAAGCCCAGCAGACUAAGUCUCCGCUGGAGCAGGAUGAGCUCCAGGAAGGCAAAAUAUGACAAAUUUUCCUCACACAAAGGACCGGGUAAUGAGACCAACAAAUCCACCUCUGUAGAUUUAAACCCAGAAGUGCCACCAACAACUCAAACCCCUGAAAACAGUGGAGAACCAGAACCAACAAUGGUCCAUUUCUCUGCGAGGGAACAUGCUGAUGACCAGAUUCUGAUAUCAGGGAAGAAGGAAGGAGAUGGGGAAUUUGAAGACACAAGAAAAGAGAAGAAGACAGAAGGCAAUUUGAAUGGAGAGGCAAUGGAAAUUGUAAAGAGGAACACUCUCAAGAAUUAUCGCAAGGCCAUGGACAGAGCUUUCCGUCGAGGAUGGGAGACUUUCGUUGCCAAUCUGUACAGUGUGACACUGACACCCAUAUCAUCAACCUCUUCUUCAUCCACACUAUCAGACAAAACUGAAUUGAGCAGGAAUCGUGUUUUAGCAGAAUUCAGAUCAUGAAAAGAAUGACCUGUAUAUAUUUUCAAAUUGAUGAAUAAUUUCAUUUAUUAAUUUAAAUGUGCUCAGAUAUUUAAUAUGCAUUGUUGUUUUCUGCAUAAAACUGAUAGCUGCUGAUCUUGUUUUAAAAUGAUCAUUAUGUAACCUGACAUGAGAGGUCAAUAUUUGAACUUUUUAUCAGUGUAUGAAUUUGUUAUCACAGCACUAACUAAUGAGGCGUGUACCUGAUCUUUGUUCCCUCGUAAGGAAACAAGAGGCCAAUGGUAUUAAAUGUCUCUUUUUUUGAUGCGAUAAUGUUUUUGAGCUGUGAACAGAAGCAGAGUUUCUGUACUUUGGCCAUGAAAAUGUAUUCUUCCAGGCUAUGUACCAAAGGGUUAACUCUUAAAAACGAAUCUGGGAGCUCAAAGAUUAAAAAAAAAAAAAGUCAUCAAAAGGGACAGCAUCACUGGCAGUGAAGUAAAUAACUGAGCCAUAAGAUGGAGUGAAGAUGGCUUUUGUGUUCUGUAGACUUAUUUAUCUUCUGUAUCUUACCCACCAUUUCCUAAUGUCACAUAGGUGAAAUUAGGUUUUUUUUUUUGUGUGUGUGUGUGUGUGUGUGUGUGUGUGAAAUGUCUUGUUUUAUCUGGGUUGUGACAUUAAAUAAAUGUUAAUAAAAAAGGAAAAGUGAAAAAAACUCAAUUUGCUUAAAACUUAAUUGAUUCUGUUCUAUCGUACAAAAGUAUUGUUUUGAAAAGAAUGGUAUAUGCUAUUCUUUACACAGAAAAAUAGUCAAGAAAUAAAUGUUUAACAAUGUGGUUGAUAUGGUUCAUUCAUCACACUAGAAAUGGAAGGUCAAAUCAGAUACAUUUCAUUGUGGGAUGAGCCUACUAUAUCCCAUGCAGUGUGCUCUAUUUAAUACUGGACAUUUGACUAAUGGGGUGGGUCAUCUGGGUAUUCGAUGCAUACAGAAAAUGAGCAUAUGCACUGUAUACAUGCUACAUAUAGAUAUAGACUGGCCCUCUAUGUGUUUAUUUCAGCAUGGUUUUUGUGUGGGGUCAAAAUGCCCCUAGGCAUGCAUCACCGAUUGGGUAAAAAUAUUUACAGACAUUUUGAAACUCUGUAACGCAAGAUGUGGAUGUUUAGGAAUUCUUCUAAUAAAUACAAUUAGUAUAUUUUUCAGAGAUGUCAAAGUAGCUUUGGGGUCAAUUUGACCCCCAGACAUUACAGAAGGGUUAGACUAGAGUGAGCAUUGCUAUUUCCAAGUCUAAUGUACUAUUGCAUCGGUGCCUAUAUGAAUGCCAUCUAGUGGAAAAUGUGAAGCUUGAAAAAAAAAAAAAAAAAAAAGAGAGUUAUGAUUUUCAUCUACUUUACAAACUAUCAUGGAACAAAGCGCACUAGUUCUACACCUAUACUUAUGUGCUAGUACUACUCAUACGUGUGUUAUACGCUCAAAUUAGUACAUUGUUUAGCCUCUCAGCGUCUCAUCUGCUGCAUUUAUUAUUUUGCAAUUCAGAAUGUGUAUUAUGUGCACAAGAAUUAACAUCAUUUUCAUCUACAUUUUGUGCCGUUAUAGUUUAUCUAUUUGUUUAAUUUUAAUGCACAAGCAAAAAUGUAUGCUGGCGCUUUUAAUAUAAUCCAGUAACCUUAUUGGUUGUUGUAAAAUGGGCGUGGAUUUCACAUGUGACAAUAAUAAAAAGCGACGAGACCUUCGUUUCGUCCAUUUUGCUGCAGCUUCAUCAUUGCCAUGACCGCGACGAGCACGAAGUCCCUGGGAUCAUGGGAUGGUUCCAUACAUUUUGCUGGGAUGAGGCAGAGGCCUGUUAAAUUCAAGUUUCUAUGCAGUCUGCUGGGAUGAGGCAGAGGACUGUUAAAUUAAGGUUGCCUGCACAUGAACUUGGAGUGCAUGAUGUCCAUAGAUGCUGUAUUGGUGGUUCCCACUUUUGUCCUGGUGGCAAUAGUGUGGUUGUCGUCAUGUUCAGGUAUCAUCUGCACAAAAUGACCUAACCAAGGACUGGUAUCUUUCAAAGGACUAUUUGUCCAACACUGUCAAGUCCUUUAGUGGUACCAGGUUGCACACCUGAAGUCUUUAACAGUAGGUGCUGCCUGACAUGAAGUCAUCCAAAAAAUGGGACUACAGUGGCAGUUCUGUGCCUACCCUUGGGAAGUUCUGUACCCACUUCAUACUGAAGAUGGUGGUUCCAUGACUGGCUGAUUUAAGGAUCUUGUCCUGUGUGCCCAGGUUGCCCCUGUUGUAACUUGAUGCCGGUGUUUUGUUGACCUUUUUUUUUUAAAGGUUUGUGGUUUCAUUGUUUGAGUUCAUUCAUUUUCUUUUUAACUGAUGACUUCAUAUCGCCCCAGUCUGAUGUGUCAUGACUGAUUGAUAACUCUGAUAAAUGUAAUGAGUCAAAGGUACUGGUUUAAGAAACUGACUUGUACUGACCUCCCCUAUUUUCCCCCUUUUCUCCCAGGUCACUUAAAUAGUAUCUGGGGAGAAGUUCAAUUGUGGAUGAAACCUUGAUUUGUUGGCUCCUGUAGUAUGCUGAACUGUGGGGUUUUUUUUUUUUUUUUUUUUCUCCUCCUCCCCCAACUUUACUUGUAAUAAAGUCAACUUAAUGUAUUACUGCUUUUUGGGAAGUGUCCCCUCUACAUGUUGACAUUAAGUAGUUUGCUAAAUAAAUGGACUUGCUGAAUUUCAAA